AUGGCCUUAUCUGAUAAAGAAGGAGAAACACUCCCUUUGAUUGUAUUCAUACCUAUUAUCAUUUGUGUUGUCGCUAUUUUUAUUUUACUCGACAUUCGACAAAGACAGAAUAAUUCUCAAACACACAUCAAUCAUAUCGUUCUUAAUCAACAAGCUGACAUUUCAAAUCAAGACGAUGAAGAAGAAGAACAACAACAAGAAGAAGAAAUAGAGGAUGAUAAUCAUGGAGAAGGUUCUUCAACUUCAGUUGCUCGCGUUAAGAAAGUAGGCAAGAAGAGAGGUGAAAGAUUAAAGAGAAAGGAAGCGAUGAGGCAAUACAGAGAAUAUAUGGAUCAACAAAGAGAACUGAGGAGAGCCCAAGAAGAAGUGUAUGAAGAAGAAUUUAGACGUAGAAAAGUGGAAGAGUCCAUAAAAAGAGCGGAUGAAUUGGAAAAACGUCGAAAAGAAAAAGAAAGAAAGGCUAGAGCUGAUAAAAAGGAAGAAGAGAAGAGACAAAAGCAAGCAGAAAAGGAAAAGAAGAAGAGCCAGUCAAGAUUUGAUAAAUAUAGUGGAAAACUAAAAAAGAUAGUCAAGGAAAAAAAAUUAUGUAAUACAGAUGAAAUAGCUAAAACACUAGGCUUAUCUAAAGAGGAUACUGUAUCUAUUUUAAAGCAAUUGUGUAAAGAAGAUGUUGAAUUUGAAUUAUGUUUAUGGUCUGGAACCGACACAUUUUUAUUUAUUACAGAGGAAGAUUAUGUACAAUUUAAUCAAACGAUUAAACAAAAAGGAAUCAUGUCCAUUCAUGAAGGCAUCAUCUUUUAA